GAUUUUCAAUGGGCUCACUGCAAAAAGCUCACAACUAGAAACUACAAAAAAUAAAAUAAUUUACAAAAACUAACUAAUAACUCGAUAUUUAAUGUUUAUCGCUUGAAACCUUUCAACACGAAUAAAUUUAUUCACUAAAUAUGGUUCAAUUCCAAGGGAAUCCCGGUGCCGGCGGCGGUGAGCACAUUCAUAUGGUGACGUUGGAUAAAACGGGCAAGAAAUCAUUCGGCAUUUGCAUUGUGCGGGGUGAGGUGAAGGAUUCGCCGAAUACGAAAACGACGGGUAUUUUUAUAAAGGGAAUCGUGCCCGAUAGUCCAGCGCAUCUUUGUGCGAAAUUAAAGGUUGGUGAUAGGAUUCUCUCGCUGAAUGGCAAGGAUGUGCGAAACUCCACGGAACAGGCGGUCAUUGAUCUCAUCAAGGAGGCGGACUAUAAGAUCGAUCUGGAGAUACACACGUUCGACAAGAGCGAAGAGUCUAACAAAAAUGAUCCACGCAGCAAUGGCUAUAUGCAGGCAAAGAAUAAGUUCAAUCAAGAGCAAACACCCAACAACAAUAUGGGUAACAUGGGCACCAUGGGAGCGGGCAGACAACCGACUGUUCGCAACGAUCCAAAGCGCAAUGCAACUUUCUCGGCAUCGCAGCGCGUCAAACACGUGCCAACCCACUACGACGAGGACGAUGAGGAUACCCGCGACAUGACCGGACGCAUACGCACCGAAGCAGGAUACGAGAUUGAUCGCGCCUCUGCUGGCAACUGCAAGCUGAACAAGCAGGAGAAGGAACGCGACAAGGAGCAGGAGGAUGAGUUUGGCUACACGAUGGCCAAGAUCAACAAGCGCUAUAACAUGAUGAAGGAUCUGCGACGCAUCGAGUUCGAACGUCAGGCCAAUAUACCGCUGGGCAUCGCGCUAGCCGGUCACAAGGAUCGCCAGAAAAUGGCCUGUUUCAUUGCGGGCGUCGAUCCCAAAGGAAUGCUGGCCAACGUGGAUGUGAAGCCAGGUGACGAGAUUGUCGAGGUUAACGGCAAUGUACUAAAGAAUCGCUGCCACUUGAAUGCCACGGCUGUGUUCAAGAAUGUCGAGGGCGAGAAGCUCGUCCUGAUCACAUCGCGUCGCAAGCCGAACGACGAGGGCAUGUGUGUGAAGCCCAUCAAGAAGUUCCCCACUUCCAGCGAUGAGACCAAGUUCUUAUUUGAUCAGUUCCCUAAAGCACGCACAGUGCAAGUGCGCAAGGAGGGCUUCUUGGGCAUCAUGGUCAUCUACGGCAAGCACGUCGAGGUGGGCAACGGUAUCUUCGUCUCCGAUUUACGCGAGGGUUCCAAUGCCGAGGCGGCGGGCAUCAAAGUGGGUGACAUGCUGUUGGCGGUUAACCAAGAUGUGACACUCGAGUCCAACUACGAUGAAGCGACUGGACUGCUAAAGCGAGCCGAGGGCAAUGUGACUAUGAUACUGCUGACGCUCAAGAGCGAGGAGUCCAUAAAGGCCGAGAAAGAAGUGGAGGAAAAGAAAAAAGAGGAAGCCAAAAAGGAGGAAGAAAAGCCACAGGAACCUGCAACAGCCGAAAUUAAACCAAACAAAAAGGUGCUCAUCGAGGUGAAGGUAGACAAGAAACCAUUGGGUGUCGUUGUGACUGGCGGCAAGAACAACCACGUCAGGACUGGUUGUGUCAUCACACACAUUUAUCCGGAGGGCGCUUUGGCCGCAGACAAUCGCCUGAAGAUCUUCGAUCAUAUUUGCGACAUCAACGGCGUGGCCGUGCAUUGCGAGAGCCUAACCACGCUCAAGGUACAUCAGCUGUUCCAUGUGACAUACGAGAAAACUGUCAACUUUACCGUCUAUCGUGCCGAUCCGCCCGAGUUGGAGAAGUUCAAUGUGGACUUUAUGAAGAAAAGCGGCAAGGAACUUGGCCUCUCACUGACGCCCAACGAACGUGGUUGCACCAUCUCCGAUAUGAUACAAGGACAAUAUCCAGAAAUCGAUAAUAAGCUGCAACGCGGCGACAUCAUAACCAAAUUCAACGGCGACUCGCUGGAGGGUUGCACAUUCCCCGUGUGCUAUGCACUGUUCAAGGGCGCCAAUGGCAAGAUAUCGAUGGAGGUGACACGACCGAAGCCAACACUACGCACCGAAGCACCUAAAUAAGGCAUAGAAAAUACAAAGAGAAUAGAAAACGAAAUUCAUCCACCGUCCGUCGUGUUGUUGUUUUUAGUCCGCCAUCAAUAUUGAAAUGAAAUAAAAAGAAUCUUGAAGACGUCAGUUCUAAUUUAAUAACAUCUGGUGUUGUUCCGUUAUAUAUUGGGUAUAUUUUUCAUUGACAGGCAAAACUGCUUAUGCUAUAGAGCUUGCAUUCGAUGCGAUACGGGGCCACAGAUCAGCGCAUUCCUUGGCAACUGGCCCGGUUAUGGCCGAGCCUUU